AUCGCAAAUAAGAUUGGAUGGUCACCAAUCCAUUCAGCUGCUGCUCAUCGUGAUUGUGAGGAAAUUGUGGAAUUUUUACUGAGAGUUGGUGCCGAUGUCAAUUUGAAAGAUAAAAACAACGACACAGCAAUGGAUCUAGCUAGAAGAAAAGUUACCAGUCAGCCAACUCAAAACUCAGGAAAUAAUAAAAUCCUCAAACUCCUUGAAACAGUUCGUGGAAAGUGGUCAGCAGAAAAGGGCUGCUCUAGGCUAUUUGGAUCUUGGAGAAAAUAAUCAAAUGACGUAUGGAUGUGGCGGCACAAUUAUUUCUAACAAAUUUAUCCUAACGGCAGCACAUUGUAUAACGGAACAUCUAAUUAUCGUUCGAUUGGGAAAGGAAUCUUUAAUCGAUAAACGUAAUGACACCGUUAAAGCAAUCUAUCGUAGAAUAAAGGACACCUUCGUUCAUCCCCAAUAUUCUGGACUAACUAAAGUGCAUGACCUUGCCCUUAUUCAGGUCCAAAAAACAAUCCCAUUUUCAAAGUAUAUUAAACCGGCUUGUCUACAAACCAAUUUACGCGACGAAUCAUCUGAUGUGAAACUCACCGUUACCGGUUAUGGAACUACAUCGCCUACACAACUCGUGAAAACUGAUGACUUGCGUAAAGCGGAAUUGAAAUCGAUGCCAUUGUCGCAAUGUAAUUCAACACUUAUGGAUUUGGAUAAAUCAGCAAUGCUCGCGCCCUUUCGCAAUGGUCUUAUUGGCGGACAAUAUUGUGCCUACGAUCCGGAGGGAAAAAGAGACGCUUGUCAGGGAGACAGUGGAGGUCCCCUACAAUAUUUCCCCAAAAACAAAACCAUAGCCACAGUAGUUGGCAUUGUAUCGUUUGGUAUUAGCUGUGGACUAAAGCUACCAGCCGUUUAUACUAGAGUUGCAUACUAUUUGGAUUGGAUCGAGCCCAUUGUUUGGCCAACCACAUAAAAUAAAAAUGCGUGAUUAAAUAAACGAAAACACUUUUAACGGAAAUAUAUGUAAACUAUUGAGCAAUUGUAAACUCUUGGCGAUAA